AUGCGCAUCGGCAAGUUCGUCGAGCACUUCCGCGCCGCAGCAAAUGCCUACGACGCAAAGACCCUUGACCCAGUCAUUCGCUUUUGCACCACUGGAAGACAGCUCGGAUAUGGAGCUUACAUGCUCACUGACACCUUGACGUAUCUGGAUGCUUCGGGCGUGAGGCCUAGUGCUACGGCCAAGAGGAUGCAGGUUCAGGCUUACAAGGCGUGGAUGACGGGGUUGUGCUUUAGUGUCUUGAACGGUGUGUACACUAUCUACAAGAGUAGGAAUGAAGAGGCUGCGCAGACGGACAAGGCUGUUGCUGCUGAGAAGACGGUCGAGGUCAAGAAGUUGCAGCGGUAUGUUUUGACUUUCCCCUUUGCUCUUCCAUAUCUGGAUCCUCUGUCCAAGAACAUCUUUGCUGACCUUUUGUAG